AUGGUGGAGCGAACAGAGAGCCAGUGUCCACCAGAGAACAGUGUCCACCAGGACAAGGAGCCCGGUGCUCAGCUGGUGGGGGCAGUGAAGGUGAUUUUCUUCUCUUCCAGCAUACCUGGAGUUAUGAAUGACACCCAUGACAAGAGCAACAUCAGCGCUACUGUGGAAUGGUUCCAGUUCAUCAUGUACAUCCCCACAUUUAGCCUGGGAUUGCUGUUCAAUGUGAUGGCUCUGUUGUUACUCUUUUUUAAGGUUAAAAAGCUGUCAGAAUCUACUGUCUACAUGAUAGCCCUUAUAUUCCUGGAUACUUUGCUGUUGUUUACUCUUCCUUUUAAAAUCAUUUCCUACCACCGUCAGGACAAGUGGAACUUGGGGUCUGUGUUUUGCUCUGCCUUGGAGAGUCUUUACUUUGUAAACAUGUAUGGCAGCAUUCUCAUCUCCCUCUGCAUCUGCGUGGACCGGUACAUCGCUAUCCAGCACCCCUUCACAGCCCCCUCCCUGAGAUCCAUCAGGAAAGCUGCCAUGGUCUGUGCUGUUGUCUGCCUGGGCACCUCGGUGGGGACAGUCUCUACAUCCCAAUUGCAUGAAAAGGGCCAAGACAUCUCAUCCUGCUUCCAUAACUUCUCCCCGAGGACAUGGGCGGACAUAGGCCUGUUCAGCACCUUGGAGACCAUCUUCUUUGGCAGCAUGGCAGCCAUGACGUUCUGCACUGCCCAAACUGUCAGGUGCCUGAGAAGGCACAGAGAUCCAGACAACCCCCAGACACACAUCACCAGAGCAGAGAGGAUCGUGGUGACAAACCUCGUGGCGUUUUUGGUCUGCUUCACCCCUUACCACGUGGCAUACUUCGUGUACUUCUUGGUGAAGAGAAACAUCAUCCACAUCAGUUUUCAAAAAGUGCUGCGAGAUGUCGUUCAGAUUACCCUUUGCUGGGCAAACCUGAACUGCUGUCUGGAUGGCGUGUGUUAUUACUUUGUUUUAAAGGAGUCCUUGGAGGAACCAUCGCAAAACACGGAAAGAAGAGUCAGGCCAAAGCCUUGAUUUACAUACUGCAUGUUAGUUAC